AGGAUCAAAAGGCUAAGCUAAUCUGUCAGGCAUAUGAUGGAGCCAGCGUGAUGCGAGGUGCCACUGCAGGUGUUCAGAAGAAGAUACAAGAUGUGUACCCAAAUGCCCACUACAUCCACUGCUAUGCUCAUCAGCUCAAUCUAAUAAUGCAACAGGCUACUUCUCACAUAACCAAAGUUAGAAUUUUUUUUUCUAACCUUAGUGGAUUUUCCAGCUUUUUUUCCAGAUCAUCCAAGCGCACAAGCGUUCUUGAUAAAGUUGUGGCCCACAGACUACCAGCAUCCAGCAAUGUCAGAUGGAACUUUCACAGCCGUGCCAUCAAUACUGUGUUUGAGCACAGAGAGGACCUCAUCCGCUGUUUCGAAAGCAUACAAGACUCUGGUGACUUUGACCCCAUUACCGUCAGAGAGGCUGGAGCAUUUGCCAUGCUACUGGAGGAUCAGGAUUUUAAGUUCUUUCUGCAACUUUUCCACCAUAUCAUGCCUCAUGUGGACCUUCUCUAUGCCAAACUCCAGAAGAAGGUCAUAGAUUCAGUCUGUAUCCAGGAGAGCAUCCAACAGUUCCAGCAGGACAUUCAAAAGAUCAGAAAUUCUCUCCACUCCAUGGUUGGACAAAGCAGUGUAGGUAGUAGUCAGCCAGUGAAGAAGCGUCGGACACUCAGUGUAGAAGACCAUGAAAGGAUUGCUGCAGAGGCGAGUUGA